AUGCUAAUACAGCUUUCGAACAGGGACUGGGUCAUCAAGAAAAUAGAGCUGAUCUUCGAGAGCAUUGUUGACGCUUUGCUCGAAAAGAAGGACAAGCUCUACAUCAGCCUAAAAACUCGAUCCGGAAGCAAAGGCCGGAGAAUUGAUCCAGCGAACGGCAUUGUCACAUCAGAAGAUGGACUCCAGACUCGAAUCAUUACCUUCCCAGGAAGCACAGCGCAGGAAGCUUGGAGAUUUACUGUAUUAGUUCGUAUUCUUGAGCUUGUCCAUGAUGCUCUGACCUCAGACGCUGUCAUUACAAAGAGAGAUAUAUACUAUCGCAGUCCCGAUCUUUUCGUCAAGCAGGCUGUGGUCGAUCGCUAUGUGGACGAUAUAGCAUGUACUUUUAGUGUCACCCGGAAUCUACUUAACGUUUCGGCCGCCGCAAAAGGUCUCAUUGUGGGGAACUUCAACAUUCAGAGAUCAGAUGGUACGAUCAUCAAUGGUGUCACCAAUCGAGAGGGCACUCUCAUCCUAAAUCUCAACGAAGAUGACGUUCUCGAGGUUUCUGCAAUUCACUGGAUUGUUGUAGUAGAGAAAGAGGCUACUUUCCGGUCGCUUGUCCAUUCAGACCUCUGGGUGAAUAUCAGUUCGCAGGGGAUAAUCUUGACUGCCAAAGGCUAUCCAGACCUGGCAACUCGGGCAUUCCUUCGCGUACUUACGACUGUUGCACCACGUAUCCCUCUCUACGCCAUGAUGGACUUUGAUCCUGAUGGCCUUGCUAUUCUCUCUACUUACAAGUAUGGGUCAUAUUCUCUAGCUCACGAAAACUCACAUGCCAGCAGUUCUAGCACAUCUCGACCACUGAACUUGCCACAGAUUCACUGGAUUGGAGUCAAGAGCUGUCACCUGACUUCGAGUCCCGUUCUAGCAAGUGACAGGCGCGAGAAAGCGGUAGGCCAGACUGAGGGUCUGCUUAGGUUGACAACUCGAGACCGCCGCAAAGCUCGGAAGAUGCUCGAGUGGGACGUCCUCGCAGAAGACGGCCCAGAGGCGGAGUGGAGAGCUGAGAUGCAGAGGAUGCUCUUGUUGAACGUAAAGGCAGAGAUGCAGAUUUUUGAGGAGCAGCCAGGUGGAUCAGGCCAGUGGUUGAAAGGGGAGCUCGGCUUGUCAUGAAUAACAACGAAUGGCACUGCAAGAGCAUUAGGGGGUGUUGAUAUACCGACUUUCCCAUAUGCAGGUCUCAUGCCGGCAUCAUGUGCGAGGAGGGCAGUUCUGGCUAUAUAUCUACCACGUUUCCAAUAUAGAUGGCACCCUACAUACGCAACCAGCGCCCACAAGUGGACGAUAUGCACCCACCGUGCUACCAGCAGCACGAUCCUGCCACGCCGGGCUGCGAUGCAUGUCUCUCUCCAAAGCACAGUGUCUGCAGCCUGUGCGAGAGGAUAACGACUACGGCGUCUCGUCAGCAGUUUCACAGGCGUAGCUAGGCA